GUGCGCGCGCCUGAUCCCAGUGCGCGCGCCUGAUCCCAGUGCACGUCUAGCCGAGUUAUUUCUAGAAAUGAGUCUGCAGAUGUUCGGCCACGGUUCGGAGUCAGAACCCAGAAGUCUGGAACAGAACCACUUGUUCGGCCCGGUCCGCUUCAGACAUCAGACAUGAGCGAAAGCAAUGGACGGCUCUGCUGUCUCCGAGGAGGACGAUCUGCAGAGAGACAAGGUGGCUCCCCCAAGAAGCUCCUCAAAGAUCUCAGAUGGUGGAGAAAUCGUUGAAGGGAAGCGGACCAAAAAGUCUGUGGACCGGCUGGAUUUCCAGGCUCCAAAGACCAGGGAGAAGCUGAAAGUGGCAGACGGCGGUGGAGACAAGCUGGGCGACAUUCCUCGGACCAACUACGAGAUCACCAGGAGGAAGGCGGAGGAGCUGAAGCUGCUGCACGCCAUCUUGUUCGACCGACCCGGGAAGUAAUGUCCUGUGUCUCUCAGUCGGGCCUCGGUCAAGAAGAACCUGCGGCUGUUCAACGGUUUCCCCGUUCCCGCAGACAGCCAGGAGUUCACUAGGAAGAGAGACAAGAUGCUCAGGAACUCGAACCUGACCAACACCAAGUUGAAGCUGGUUUGCUCCAUUCUGGACCUGGAGAAGAAAGGAACCCACCAGGAUCUGAUCGAUCGGAUCCUCAUCUUUCUGAUCGCCCCAAAGAACAGCGGAAAGCGUGCACCAGUGAAGAAGAAGCGAAGGACCAAGAAGAAGUUGGCCGGUGGCGACUCGGUGGUCAAGAAGAAGAGCAAACCCAGAGCUACCGGCACCAAGAAGUCCAAACCCGGCAGCAAAUCCAAAGCCAUCGUCAUGGACUCCAGCACCGACGACGAGGAGAAAGUGGAGGCUUUUGCGGAGGCCGGCGGUUCUGACGGAGAGGAGAAACUGUCAGAACAGGAGGAAGAGCAGACUGACCACUCGGAGUCUGAUGAGACCUCCAAGCCCAAGUCCAGCAGAGGGAAGAAGAAGAAGCAGCAGAUACCAUCGAAGAAGAGACCCACGAGCCAGAGCUCUGAUGGAACCAGCGAGGCAGAGGAGAAGCCAAAGAAGAAGAAAGUAGCCGCUGCCAAAACCAAGAAGGCCGACAGCAGCAGCAGCAGCAAGAACACCAACGCAGCCGAGGACAUCGACGAAGACGAGCCGCUCAUCAGGAUGGUGAAGAAGGCGCCGACAGACGAGCAGCUGAGGAAGACGGUGGAGAGUCUGCUGAAGGAGGCCGACCUGGAGGAGAUGACCAUGAAGCAGAUCUGCCUGAAGGUGUUCGACACGUAUCCAGAACACGACCUGAGCGGCAGGAAGGACUUCAUCAAGCAGACGGUCAAGACUCUCAUCACUUGAAGACGCCCAGGUGUCCAUGGCAACAGGCUCCUCCCUUGUUUUUAUGUUUUUUAUGGGAUGCGGUCGAUCAGCGGCGCCCCCUGCAGGACGGCUGCUCGGCUUCAACACCUUCAAUAAAUUUGUACAUUU